UCUGACCCUGGGACCCCCAAAUGUGGCAGCCCCGAGGAGCAGAGCUGCUGUGUCCGUCCCUUGUACAUCGAUUUCCGCCGGGACCUGGAGUGGAAGUGGAUCCACGAGCCCCGGGGGUACAUGGCCAACUUCUGCGGGGGGCCCUGCUCCUACAUCUGGAGCGCCGACACCCACCACACCAAGGUGCUGGCCCUGUACAACCUGCACAACCCCGGCGCCUCGGCCGCACCGUGCUGCGUCCCACAGAGCCUGGAGCCGCUGCCCAUCGUUUACUACGUGGGGCGCAAGGCACGCGUGGAGCAGCUCUCGGGGAUGGUAGUCAGCGCCUGCAAGUGCAGCUGACCCCAAAACCGCCCAAAAUCCACCCCAAAAAAUCCCCAUCCCACCCCUAAAAAUUUCUACAUUUACCCCAAGAAGUUCCUGGCUUUGUUGGACCAAUAAAUUUUAUUUAAUUUCUAA